UUGCUUUUUUAGCUGGCCGGACCAGGGAAUGCUGCUUUGCACAUAUUCUUGGCUCCAGGGAGGCUCGCAUUGUUUAAAUUGAGACGAUUUCCCGAUGGCUUGUAGUUGUGGACGAGCGGUUGCGAGCAGCAAUUAAUAAUCGUGAGAGCGAUGUGUUUGUUUAUUGGGUGGACCUUGAAUGGUUAGCGUUGUUGAUGUGGGGCAACUAUAGGCGCUUGCCGUGACACGACACAGCAAGGAGCGUUGGAUUGUUGGCUGGUGGUCCUGCAGCUAGUUUCCACUCUGGCCACAUAUGCUGCUUAUCUGGGUUAGCUGUUGUGUCAGUGGGCGGCUUAUUGUCUGAGUUGAGUUUCAUACUCUGCUACGAGCGCACAAUCUGUUCGUCGAAUUAUCUAUGAAGCUGCCACUAAGUGACAAUUUGGUAGCAGCUAUGCAAAAGGAUACAGGCUCUGGUGAUGUUUCUCCUUCUCAUGUAGGACGUGUUAGACAUCGGAGGCGCCCUAAUGAGACUGCCACCGAUGGGAAUAGAGCCAAUGGGACGGUUUUGCUUGUCAGCGACCAGAACAAGUACAAGUCAAUGCUUAUCCGUACAUAUUCAAGUUUGUGGAUGAUUGGAGGCUUUGUGUUCGUAGUUUAUAUGGGUCAUCUUUAUAUCUGGGCCAUGGUGGUUGUGAUUCAAAUAUUUAUGGCAACAGAGCUUUUUAACCUACUCAGAAGAUCCAGCGAAGAGAAACAACUGCCAGGGUUCAGGCUCCUGAAUUGGCACUUCUUCUUCACGGCAAUGUUGUUUACUUAUGGGCGUUUUCUUAGCCGGGAGCUUGUUAACACAGUAACUUCAGAUCACUUGCUGUAUAAGCUCGUCAGCGGCCUAAUAAAGUAUCAGAUGUUUAUUUGCUAUUUUCUUUAUAUUGCAGGAUUUGUAUGGUUUAUUUUGACUCUGAAGAAGAAGACAUACAAUUAUCAGUUCAAACAGUAUGCCUGGACGCACAUGAUCCUUUUAACGGUUUUUGCCCAAUCUUCUUUCACCGUGGCAAAUAUAUUUGAAGGGAUGUUCUGGUUUCUUCUCCCUGCUUCGCUCAUUGUGAUCAAUGACAUUGCUGCGUAUUUAUUUGGGUUUUUUCUCGGGAGAACACCAUUGAUCAAGUUAUCACCAAAGAAAACAUGGGAAGGUUUUAUUGGUGCAUCGGUGACAACCAUCAUCUCUGCUUUUCUGUUGGCAAACGUAAUGGGUCAUUUUCAGUGGUUAACCUGCCCAAGAAAGGACCUGUCGACAGGAUGGCUUACCUGUGAUCCCGGUUCUAUGUUUAAGCCAGAGCAUUACUUUUUGGGGGAUUGGGUGCCACAAUGGUUUCCAUGGAAAGAAGUUUUCCUUUUACCCGUGCAGUGGCAUGCUUUAGCCCUUGGGUUGUUUGCAUCGAUAAUAGCACCAUUUGGAGGAUUUUUCGCAAGUGGCUUCAAGAGGGCUUUUAAAAUAAAGGAUUUUGGCGACAGUAUACCUGGGCAUGGUGGAAUUACUGACCGAAUGGAUUGUCAAAUGGUCAUGGCAGUCUUUGCAUACAUAUAUCACCAAUCAUUUAUCUCACCCCACAAUUUCUCUGUUGACACAAUCUUGGAUCAGAUUGUAAGAAACCUAACCUACGAGGAGCAGAAGUCCUUAUACCAGCAACUAGGAGAGAUCUUCCGUGAAAGGCAGUUUAUGCAAAGCUGAAGAUUUAUUUGCAUGAACCACACAACCACACAAGACAGCUGCGUAUGGUUCAUUAUGUAGUUCUAGAUCUAUGUACAGCAUCAUAGCUCCUCUGUACCGUGAUAGAGUGAUGUCCUUAUCCAGACCAUUGUACAGAACGGAGUGUGGAUAGGGGUUUAGGUUCUUGAUCCGCUCUCCACUUAUGUUGCUUCUUUUAAUCAUCUGCGCUAAUUCUCUCCUUGUUCGUUAUCAUCAGUGUUCUUGUAAAAACAGAGCUGGAAAUGCUUAUUCGUGUAUAUCACUUUGUCGGUCUUCGCAUCAAAUAUUUUGUAAGCCCUUA